AUGAUUGAGGUAACUUAAGAAUUUUGCUGGCUCAAAUCAAAGACCUAUCUAAGCCCACCAUUGUUUUACCCCCAUAGUGACCAACCUGAUGUCCAUAGGGAACCCACAAGCAGAUGAGGAUCAUAGCACUCUCUCUGUUGUUCCCAGUGUCUGGCAAAUCAGAGGCAUGGUGCCUCUGAUCCUGGAGGCAGCAUACAGUCAUCAUGGCAGGAGCCAUUGAUUACCUUAUCCUCCCUGAAAGUAGCUGGCUUAGUUCAGGAGAGCCUAGGAGUUCACCUUGAAGGCACCUUUCAUUUCAGUGCUGGUGUUCUCAGCCACAUACACAAGAGAGCAAGCCAAGUACUUUGUUUUUAAACUUAGGUGCCUUUUUAAAACAGUCUGUACAGAUUGAAUAGGGACGAGGGUGGUGCUGUGGGUUAAACCACAGAGCCUAGGACUUGCCGAUCAGAAGGUCGGCAGUUCGAAUCCCCGCGACGGGGUGAGCUCCCGUUGCUCGGUCCCUGCUCCUGCCAACCUAGCAGUUCAAAAGCAUGUCAAAGUGCAAGUAGAUAAAUAGGUACUACUCUGGUGGGAAGGUAAGCGGCAUUUCCGUGCGCUGCUCUGGUUCGCCAGAAGCGGCUUAGUCAUGCUGGCCACAUGACCCAGAAGCUGUACGCCGGCUCCCUCAGCCAAGAAAGCGAGAUGAGCGCCACAACCCCAGAGUCGGCCACGACUGGACCUAAUGGUCAGGGGUCCCUUUACCUUUACCUUACAGAUUGAAUGGGCCACACAGUUCCUGCAGUUGCCAAGGCCUUCUAUGUGCAGAUAGUGGCACAUCCAGCCUCUGCCUAACUUUUUUUAAAGCCUGAAAUACAGAUAUUCUCUAGGUGUCAAAGGCAGAGUGGGUUUUGUGGGGGGGGGUGCAUGUGGAGAACGAUAGGUAUACAAGCCAAAUUAGGAUACCUCCCCACCUCAAGGCCUAAUGAUUAAAGGCACCAUUAACUUUAAGGGGGAGAACAACACAAGUUUUGUGUGGGUUGGCUUUUUGUGUACUUUCCAUCAAUUUCUGCCUCUAUUACUAGGAAACAUUUCUGGGGCUUGACUUCUAAUGCACCUUUCUCAUUUCUCUUCUUUUUUUAGGAAUGCCAAGCAAACAAGGCAGGCAGUAGCACCAGCUGCAUCAGCUCAAGAAGCCCAGCUUAUCUUCUCCAGUUUGCUCUCGUUUUUUGCUUCUGUAUUGAUUUCCUGAAUUAUGUUAGCCGCAACCACUUCUCAAAUUCCUAG